GGGGCGGCCCCGUGAGGAGGCGAGGAGCGGGCGGCCCGCCCGGCGCCGCCUUCCCGUCAGCGGCAGCACGCAGGGCAGGGGGUUGGGCAGCGUCGCAAAAUGGCGGCGGACAGUGAGCCCGAGUCGGAGGUGUUCGAGAUCACGGACUUCACCACCGCCUCCGAGUGGGAGCGAUUCAUCUCAAAAAUAGAAGAAGUAUUGAAUGACUGGAAACUUAUUGGGAUUUCUUCAGGCAAACCUCUAGAAAAGGGUGUAUAUACCACAGGAGCAUGGGAAGAGAAAUCAGAUGAAAUUUCAUUUGCAGACUUCAAAUUCUCAGUUACCCAUCAUUAUCUUGCACAAGAACCCAGUGACAGAGAUGGGAAAGAAGAACCUGCAGAAGAUGCCCUUCCUUUGCCUAUGCAGGACUUGUUGUGCAUGAACAAUGACUUUCCUCCUAGAGCUCACUGUCUGGUAAGAUGGUAUGGCUUACGGGAGUUCGUGGUUAUUGCUCCGGCUGCAAAUAACGAUGCAGUUCUUAGUGAAUCCAAAUGUAACCUUCUGCUGAGUUCUGUUUCUAUUGCAUUGGGCAACACCGGCUGUCAGGUACCGUUAUUUGUACAAAUACAUCAGAAAUGGCGACGAAUGUAUGUUGGAGAAUGUCAAGGUCCAGGAGUUCAAACUGACUUUGAAAUGGUUCAUCUUCGCAAAGUGCCAAAUCAGUACACACAUUUAUCGGGAUUACUGGAUAUCUUCAAGUCCAAGAUCGGAUGCCCAUUAACGCCACUGCCUCCAGUUAGCAUGGCCAUUCGGCUUACAUACGUGCUUCAAGACUGGCAACAGUAUUUCUGGCCGCAGCAGCCACCAGAUAUAGAUGCACUAGUUGGGGGAGAAGUUGGAGGUCUUGAGUUUGGGAAGUUACCGUUUGGUGCCUGUGAGGACCCUAUUAGUGAGCUCCACUUGGCUACCACGUGGCCUCACCUAACAGAAGGUAUAAUUGUCGACAAUGAUGUUUACUCCGACCUGGAUCCUAUUCAAGCACCGCAGUGGUCUGUGAGAAUCAGAAAAGCAGAUAAUCCUCAGUGUCUAUUGGGUGACUUUCUUAAUGAAUUCUUCAAGCUUUGUCGUCGGAAGGAGUCAACUGAUGAGAUACUUGGAAGGUCUGCUUUUGAAGAGGAUGGAAAAGAGGCUGCUGAUAUUACUCAUGCUUUGUCGAAGCUCACAGAGCCAGCACCUGUUCCAAUCCAUAAAUUAUCAGUCACAAAUAUGGUUCACAGUGCCAAGAAAAAGAUUCGCAAACACAGAGGUGUAGAUGAAUCGCCUUUGAACAAUGAAGUUCUGAACACUAUUCUUCUGUUCUUAUUUCCUGAUGCUGCUGAAAAGCUUGCAGAUGGAGUUGAAAGUGGAACUAGCCCUUCAACUGGGAACAAUCCUCCUCCAGAGAAUGAAGAUUAUAAUCUCUUCAGUCAGUUUAAAUCUGCUCCUUCUGAUAGUCUGACGUACAAACUAGCUUUAUGUCUUUGUAUGAUAAACUUCUACCACGGAGGAGUAAAAGGAGUGGCACAUCUUUGGCAAGAAUUUGUGUUAGAAAUGCGCUACAGAUGGGAGAACAACUACCUUAUUCCAGGAUUAGCUAAUGGCCCUCCAGAUCUGAGAUGCUGUUUACUGCAUCAGAAGCUUCAGAUGUUAAAUUGUUGCAUUGAAAGAAAGAAAGCAAGAGAUGAGGGGAAAAGGGGGAGCGUGUCAGAUCGUUCACCUGGUGGUUCUUCUGGUGAUGCUGGAAAAGGAGCAGACCACUCUGGAGAUAACUCAAAGGAGACUGAUAAGGAAAAAGAAGUUGGCAAGUCUUGGGAAUCAUGGAGUGACAGUGAAGAAGAAUUUUUUGAAUGUCUAAGUGACACAGAAGAUCUGAAAGGAAAUGGGCAGGAAAAUGGAAAGAAAGGAGGAGCCAAAGAGGGCAGCAAAGAGCCUGUGAACUUAAAACCAGAAGGUCGACUGCAUCCUCAUGGAAAGCUGACACUGCUGCACCCAGGAGAACCUCUCUACAUCCCGAUAACACAGGAACCAGCACCCAUGACUGAAGAUUUGUUGGAAGAACAGUCUGAGGUGCUGGCAAAACUAGGGACCUCGGCAGAAGGUGCACAUCUUCGAGCACGCAUGCAGAGUGCCUGCUUGCUCUCGGAUAUGGAGUCAUUUAAGGCAGCUAAUCCUGGCUGUUGUCUGGAGGACUUUGUGAGGUGGUACUCCCCUCGGGAUUACAUUGAAGAGGAAGUGGUUGAUGAAAAGGGGAAUGUGGUAAUUAAAGGUGAGCUGAGUGCCCGAAUGAAGAUCCCUAGCAACAUGUGGGUAGAGGCCUGGGAGACAGCAAAACCAGUCCCAGCACGGAGGCAGAAGAGACUCUUCGAUGACACCAGAGAAGCAGAGAAGGUGCUUCAUUACCUUGCAGUUCAGAAACCAGCUGACCUUGCAAGACAUCUCUUGUCUUGCAUCAUCCAUGCAGCUGUACUCAAGGUAAAGGAAGAAGAAGUACUAGAAGAUAUAUCUUCAGUUAAGAAGAUUAUUAAACAGAUAAUAUCCCAUUCCAGUAAAGUUCUACGAUUUCCAAAUCCAGAGGACAAGAAGCUGGAAGAAAUCAUUGCUCAGAUUAUGAGUGUGGAAGCUAUCAUUGCCAGGGCCAGAUCUUUGAAAGCAAAAUUUGGAGUAGAGAAAUGUGAAAAUGAGGAGGAGAAGGAAGAUCUGCAAAGAUUUGUAAACUGCCUCCUGGAGCAGCCAGAAGUGUCUGUUCUUGGUGCAGGAAGAGGACCUGCUGGCAGCGUUAUUCACAAGCUGUUUGUGAAUGCCCAGAGGGUUUCUGCAAUGCCUCCACUUGAUGAAGAACUGAGGAGAUCAGGUUCAUCAGAUGAGCGACGACUCAACACGGGCGCCGUUUCAGACUUCCCACCACCCACGGGGCGGGAGGUUAUUUUGCGCACAACUGUCCCCCGCCCCGCACCCUACUCAAAACCAUUGCCCCAGCGCAUGUACAGUGUGCUUACAAAAGAAGAUUUUCGACUUGCAGGUGCCUUUUCAGCAGACACGACGUUCUUCUGAUGUAACUAGCUGUGGUAGCUUGUGUCUUCACAAGUAGAAUGCUAUUCAUUUUCCUUCAGGGAAGUUAACACUUAGAUUUACCAGCUUGUGGUGAGGAGAAAGCACGGUUGUCAUUAAUGAUGGAGAGGAGCAGUCCCAAGGACAGAGCAGAUCUUAUGGCUGGGAAGAAUGCCCGCAGCAACUCUGUCUUGGAGGUUUGGCAUGGACACGCAAGUAGUUUUAUUCAGACCUUUGGGGCAGAAAGUUCAGCUUCUCCCCUCUGUCCCAAGGGAGCAAGUGUUGUUGCAUUGGCUUGUUUAAUAAUGGACGUUAAUAGGCUGUAUGCAAAUACUUCGUGUUGAAAUUUAUGCAGAAAAUGCUGCUUUACAGUUCUUAAUCAGACAUGGUAAAAUGAUAUUAGCUUACUUAAAGUGAUGUGCAAACAUGAAGUAAUUUGUAUUUAUUGCUAAUCACAAAUACUGAGCUCAGUAUUUUUUAGUUAAUCACUAUGUUGCAAAUACUUCUGAAAUUCCCUUGAUUUUUUUGAAGUGUACAGUACAUUCUAGUUCAUGCUUACCUCUCCCAGCACUGCAGUAGUUGUCCAAAAGCGAUCUUGUCUUGGAUGCUCCUCCUAAACAUAACUAAGGAUAUUUUGGGCUAUUAGCUACCGUACCCCUAAUAGCUGUAAGUGGAUCACUUACGUUGGGAUACUUUAUAUCCUUCUCUGCAUGCAAGGGCCAAAGCUGUAUGUAAAUUACAUGUACAGAGGUGUUUUACUGUAGGCAACGUACUGAUAGUUAGAGCCCAUUUGAAUGCAUCCUGUCUUUAACCUGAUGUGAUGACACAAUUCUAUCACAUGCUGUAACCUAACCCCGUUGAAUAUCAUGCAGACACUAUGACGUGUAUGUGCCAAUGCUGCUCUACAGUGAUCCUAGUGUGUUUUAAUCAGUCAGAUCAGAGUUACUUUAUAAAGCGAACUGUAAGAACAACAGUGUUGUCAUUAAUAAAUCUUGACUUAUUAUUGGC